ACGUUGCCUGCCCGGACUGUGAAUCCGGGAGCACCGGGAGCCCACAAGGACGCUGUUCUCCGUAGCUUCCGGGUGCGCACUGCUUUGCCGCCGCCGUCAGACCGGAAUUCCCGGUGCUGCCGUCGUCGCCGUCGGCGCCCCCAGCUCUGCCGCUGCCAUGGGGAUCUUGGAGAAGAUAUCGGAGAUCGAGAAGGAGAUCGCUCGGACGCAGAAGAACAAGGCCACUGAGUAUCAUCUGGGCCUGCUGAAAGCAAAACUUGCCAAGUAUCGGGCCCAGCUCCUAGAACCAUCCAAAUCUGCCUCAUCCAAAGGAGAGGGCUUCGAUGUCAUGAAGUCGGGUGAUGCCCGUGUGGCGCUGAUUGGAUUUCCCUCUGUGGGUAAGUCCACCUUCUUGAGUCUGAUGACCUCCACAGCCAGUGAAGCCGCAUCCUAUGAGUUCACCACUCUGACGUGUAUCCCUGGGGUCAUUGAAUACAAAGGCGCCAACAUCCAGCUCCUGGACCUUCCUGGAAUCAUUGAAGGCGCAGCCCAAGGGAAAGGCCGUGGCCGGCAGGUGAUCGCUGUGGCACGCACAGCCGAUGUUGUCAUCAUGAUGCUGGAUGCCACCAAGGGAGAGGUGCAGAGGUCUCUGCUGGAGAAGGAGCUGGAGUCUGUGGGCAUCCGCCUCAACAAGCACAAGCCCAACAUCUACUUCAAGCCUAAGAAAGGUGGUGGCAUCUCCUUUAACUCGACAGUGACACUGACCCAGUGCUCUGAAAAGCUGGUGCAGCUCAUCCUGCACGAAUACAAGAUCUUCAAUGCAGAAGUGCUCUUCCGAGAAGACUGUUCCCCAGACGAGUUCAUCGACGUGAUCGUGGGCAACCGGGUGUACAUGCCCUGCCUGUAUGUUUACAACAAAAUUGACCAGAUCUCCAUGGAGGAAGUGGACCGCCUGGCCCGAAAACCCAACAGUGUGGUCAUCAGCUGCGGCAUGAAGCUGAACCUGGACUACCUGCUGGAGAUGCUUUGGGAGUAUUUGGCCCUGACCUGCAUCUACACCAAGAAGAGAGGACAGAGGCCAGACUUCACAGAUGCCAUCAUUCUCCGGAAAGGAGCCUCUGUGGAGCAUGUGUGCCACCGCAUCCACCGGUCUCUCGCCAGCCAGUUCAAGUACGCCUUGGUGUGGGGCACCAGCACCAAGUACAGCCCGCAGCGGGUGGGCUUGACCCACACCAUGGAGCAUGAGGAUGUCAUCCAGAUCGUGAAGAAGUAACAGCUCCUCCCGGGCCUCCCGCCCACCAGACUCAUCUCCCUGGGAAGUCGGACCCACUGGGACACACAAUCGCCCAAACAGGGAAAACGCAAACACACACACCCCAGGAAGUGGUCCCUCAAAUCUGCGGUUUCCAGACGUUUCUUCAGUAGGCAGAUGAUGAAGUGUGUUGGGGCAGAGGGGCAGGAUCGGGGCAUUUCCCAAGGUUGAUCCCUCUGCUGGGGCUCUGAGUUUGGGGCCCUGGGCCUGCAUCUGGACCCCCAGCCCCUUCAGGCAGUGAGGGGGCAGGUUGCCCAGCUGCUCCCAACCAUGGCCUAACGGACUCAUGCUUAGUGCUGGGCAGGGAGCUGGGCCUACCUGGGUCCCUGGAGGUGGUGGUCACUGUCAGGGCGCCUGCUACUCCCUCAGCCCCUGCCAGCUUCUCUGGCACUCAGGGUUGGGGGGCCCUCCCAGGAUGAAACUCCCCUGUCCCCCACACACAAAGGGCUGUCCCAUGGUGGGAACCAGAAGGUAGUGGCUUCAAAGGCCCAGCUCACACCCUCCACAGCCUGAGUGGUGUCUUAAAGUGCCUCCUCCCAUACCUUCUAGGGCAGCCCCUGCCCAGCACAAAACCCCAGGACCUGGGUCUGCACCCCUUGGCGGAGACUUCUGUAUUUUCUCUAAGCUCCCAACUCUCCUUUCUGAAAUAAAGUAUUAAAAACCGUU